GAGGGAGAGGGUGGAAUUUAAGUCCAGGUCAGGGAAUCCAAAAGAACACAUAUCAAUUACUAGCGAGGAACCACCUACAGUACCAUAUUACGUACCGAAUUGCAUACUGUAAUAAGCUCAAUAGCACUUGCUGUAUGAAGUUAAGGAUGAGGCCAGUCUUACUAAAACAACUUCUUACUUAUUGCAUAAUACAAUACAUUACUCCUGGUUCAUGGCGGUUGAUAUUGAUGUUGCUGUCGUUCCUGUCGCGCCCGUUAACUUGUCUUGUUUACUUUGGGUGUCGGCACCUAUUGCACCUAUCAAACAAAUUGAUCAAUCAGAGCUCGAUGAUAGAGCACCACUUACGAUUUCGCAAUCGCCAAGGUACCACCUUUACUAUAUUUUGGCUGUGGUGGUCCAACAGCCAAAAAAAUAGUAUAAGAAGGUGUCAAGAGAUGACGACCGACUAAUCUUCCCACCUCCAAUCUCUCGUCCGUCUCUUCGUCUCUUCGUCUCAUCGUCUCUUCGUCUCUUCGUCUCUUCGUCUCUUCGUCUCUUUUAAUCGCCCAUACACCUCGGAACGAAGCCAUGGCCGUAAUCGGGACCCCCCCCCAACUAGAGCCUGCCAAAAACACCAGCAAUGACCAUCUCGUGAAGUCGGAUGACUCGCAACACCCCGCCAACCUCAUCCCCGAGCUGUGCGCAAAGUUCUGGCACCUGGGCUGGGUCACAGGAACCGGCGGGGGAGCCAGCAUCCGCCAGGAUGACCUCGUCUACCUCGCUCCCUCCGGCGUCCAAAAAGAGCUCAUGAAGCCCGAAGACAUCUACGUCCUGUCGCUGAAGGCGCAGACCGACCCCAAACAGCGCAUCUACCUGCGCUCCCCGCCCUCCUUCAAGCCGUCGCAAUGUACCCCGCUCUUCCUGGCGGCGUUCAACAAGCGCAACGCCGGGUGCUGCAUCCACACGCACUCGCAGUGGGCGGUGCUGAUCACGCUGCUGCUGGAGCAGAGCGGGGCGGAGACGGAUAUCUUUGAGAUUAAUAAUAUUGAGCAGAUCAAGGGGUUUGGGAGGGGGUGCCAGAAGACGGGGAAUCUGGGGUAUCAUGAUACGUUGAGGAUUCCGGUGAUUGAGAAUACGCCGUUUGAGGAGGAUCUGACGGAUAGCUUGGAGGCGGCGAUGGAUAAAUACACGGAUACUUAUGCGGUGUUGGUUAGGAGACAUGGGAUCUACGUGUGGGGUGAGACUGUUCACAAGGCAAAGACACAGUGUGAAAGGUCGGUCGUCGCCGUCACAUUCAGUGCUCAUAAUCACAAGCUAACUCCCCCGCAGCUUAGACUACCUCUUCCAGCUCGCCGUCGAGAUGAAGAAGCUCAGCCUCCCAUGGCUGAGCAACAUAGCUUAGAACAAAUGCCAAUACAACAUUGAAUUAAGGAAGAACUGAAUUGGUAAUUCCCUAACUACUUGAACGGACCGAUUAAAGGAUUAUUACGCGAUAUGGUACCCUCAUGCAUUUGCAUACGCCGCUAUUCCAAGGACACCCACCAGAGACACAAAUCCAGCCACCAUCUUACAAUGCGAGCAUCAUGGCGAACAGACCGAGACCAGCACCAACGGAGACGCUGACGGCCAUGUUGGCGGCA